GCCAAUAAUGCCCCGCCCCCGCUUCUGAAACCGCAGAGAUGCAGGUUACGGCUGUGUCUGGCAACGUGGUUGCUCAGCUUGAUGAGGACGAGCUGCAUUACAUGGUGGAAAGCAGGCAAGCUGUUCGAGACCUCAAGCGACGUCUUUCAGCUCAGGUUGGGUGCUCAAGGUUUCAGCAAAGACUCUUCAGGGACGAGAUUGGCGAAUUGGAGGAUGACUUGCCUGUACGAACACUAUCAAGUGCACGGGUGGUAAUUCUGCCCUUGUGUGCCCCUGAUGAGACCAUGGAAGAACAACUAUUCGAGACCUGCAGGGAGAAUCGCGUGGAUCACCUUGAAAGGCAAAAGCCACUGGACCCCAACGGGGAAGGUUUGCUUCUUAUUCUCUCCCUGAGGACUCUGCCUAGCGAGUGGCUUUGCGUGUCCUUAACCCGUGACAGGGUGGGACACUCGCAGCGCUACCCCCCUAUUGCUGCCAAGGAAGGCCACUUGGAAGUUGCUCGAGGCAAGAGCUGACGCAGGUGCAGCAGAUGUAAAUGGUGCAACGGCUUUGCACAUUGCAGCCCAGAACAACCAGUUGGAACUUCUAGGAUUGCUGCUUGAUGCUGGGGCAGACCAAGAUGCAGCAACAUUUGAUGGGUCAACGGCUUUGAAUACUGUAGCUUAUUAUGGCCACCAGGACGUUGUUCGAUUGUUGCUGGAGGCUGGAGUUGACAAAGAUAAAGCAGACCUUCAAGGUCAAACGGCUUUGCAUUUUGCUGC